GCUGCGUCCCCUUGCUGUGACGCUUGACGUCAUGCCGUCAUCGGACGGAGGCGUAGGAAACAAACAUGGCUGCCCUCUUAGAGUCGAGACGUUUCUCUCAAUUUUAAACGUUUUCUAUUUACUUCGGAACGAUAAUAUAUAUAUACCAUGGAUAAGGUCGAGAAAACGGUGCCAUCUGCUGAGGAAAAAGAGGAGGAGGAGGAGGUAGCAGAGAUCGAGGAAGAGGAGAAAGAAGGAAAAGAUGAUGCUGGAGAUGAUAAGGAAGAAGAAGAAGAUGGAGAUGAUGAAGAACAGGACGGUAGAGAUGAAACGGAAAAGAAAGAAGAAGCGGCGCCACAGGCCUCAGAUACAGUUGAGAAAACCGUCCAAUUGCCUGCUCAACCCCCCAAAAAGGAGAAAAAGCAGAAUGAGGGCCUGAACCUCAACAAUGAGGUGGUGAGGAUGAGGAAGGAGGUGAAGAGGGUGAGGGCUUUGGUCAUCCGGAAGCUGACACGACAGAUGAGUGCCCUGAAGAAGAAGAAAGGGACGGAUGUGGAAAUUGAGAGGAAUCAGAGGAGAGCCGCCAGACUGCUGGACGAGAUCCACGCCAUGAAGGUCCUCUCACCAGACCUGGUGACCAAGACAGCCUUGCAAAAGAAUCUCAACUUUGAACAGGUGUGCAAAAACCCCAAGUCGACUAUUUCCGACCGGGCCACGGCGCGGAUCGCCACCCACCCUCAGUUCAACAAGAAGAUUGAGAACAUCAAAGCUGCCUUGCAAGCCUUCAAAGCGGAGCGGAUGAACGGCGGGAAGCAGCGAGGGAAGGAAAAAGUGCAAAAUAAAGCUGGGAAGGUGACUCCGCAGUCGCCGGACAAAAAGGGAGAGGAUAUUAAGAAGAGUGAGAAAGAAGAGGGCAUCUCGGUUAAACAAAAGGAAAUCGUAGACCACGAGGAAAGAGAUGAGAUUCUUAAAGAGACUAAAGAUGCAACCGUUGCUGAACCGGAAAAGGAAACGGUAAAAGCAACUCCCUCAGCCGAGGAUGCUGACGGUCCAAGGAAAGCAGUGCCAGAGUCUAAGGAUGCAAGACCAGCAUUAUUGAAAAGUAGUGAAGGGAAGGACAGCGUAAAAACUAAACCUCAAAGCAAGGGUGCAGAAAGGAAACCUGAUCUCACGUCUGCACCUGAGGGGCUUGAGAUAAAGAAGGCUGAGGAAGAGAGCGAUUUAGAGUCCUCAGAGGACGAAGAGAAGGAGUACUUUGACGACAGCACAGAGGAACGCUUCAACAAGCAGUCCUCCCAAUCUGAGGAGAGCGACGAUGACGGCUUCUUUGUUGGAAAAGUGAGCAAAUACAAGAAGAAGAAGAAGCCGAAAAGUGCAGAGGAGGAGAAGGCCGACAAGGGGCGAGAGGCGAAGAGUUCGGACCCGGUCCAGAGCGAACUUGAUGAGCUGGAGUCCCGGCUGAAGUCCAAAGCGACCUCGCUUCAGUCUGUUUUCUGUUCAUCCCUCUCUAAACCUGGUGGGGGCAGAGGCGCAGGCCGAGGGAGAGGUGGAGAUAGAUUUCGGGGCCAAGGGACACCAAGGGGUGGUGGGAGCGGCCAAAAUAGAGAUUUUAGUAAACAAUCCAAGUUCCAAAAGCAAGAGAAAGGCGCAGAAAGAAAUGCAGAGUCAAAGGGCCGACAUCCUGGGUCGUCGGAGAAGGGUUUUCCCUCUGUCGGCAGAGGGAGGGGGCGAGGCAGAGGCGAUGGCGCAAGGCAAAAUGAUCGCAGGGGUGGGGGUGUCUUUUCCCAUCAGGCACCACAGCAGGCACUGCAUCCAUCCUGGGAGGCCAGUAAGAAAAGGAAGGAGCAGCAAGGACAAAUCCUGGCGUUCCAGGGAAAGAAGAUCAAGUUUGACGAUGAUGACUGAUGUGUUUUUUUGUGCGUUAAUUAAUGCUGAAUACACACCUUUUGGUUGAGUGUC